AUGGGGGCCGGAACGCAGGUCAGACUCCUGCUGUGGAAGAACUGGACUGUCCGCAGGAGGCAGAGGGUGCGUUUCUUCAUGGAAAUCAUGUGGCCUAUUAUUUUGUUUGUGGGGCUUGUGUGGCUUCGAAGAGUGAAUCCUCUUUACCGUCAGCACGAAUGCCAUUUUCCCAAUAAGGCCAUGCCUUCAGCAGGGGUCUUACCGUGGAUCCAAGGAAUCUUCUGUAAUGCGAACAACCCUUGUUUCCAGUACCCCACCCGUGGUGAAUCACCUGGUUUUGUGUCCAACUACAAUAACUCAAUAUUAGCUCGCUUCUACAUGGAUGCACAGGAGCUGCUUUUUAGCGAUCCGAAGCUUCUACCCAUGGGGCGAUUUUGGCAUGAAGUGAGAGCCAUGAGUCACUUAAUGGACACAUUGCGUACCCAUGCUGACAAAAUCACAGGCAGAGGAAUAGAGGUGGAGACAAUCCUAAAGGAUGAUGAAACUCUCACGUCACACCUUUUGAGAGAUGUUCCAUUAACUGAAACCGUGGUCAAUCACCUUGUCCGUGCCCAAAUCAGGCCUGAGCAGUUUGCCUUUGGAGUUCCAAACAUGCGUUUAAAGGACAUUGCCUGCAGUUUGAACCUAUUGGAUCAGUUCCUCAUUUUCCCGAGUCGUGGGGCGCUUCUCGACGUCCGCAACGCUAUGUGUAUCCUUACUGCUCAGAGGCUGCAGAUCAUCGAGGAUAAGUUCUAUGCCAACGUGGACUUUUUCAAACUCUUUCGUGUGCUUCCUCGCAUUUUGGACCGUAAUUCAGAAGGCAUCAACAUUCACUUUUGGGUCCAGGUGGUGUCUGCUGCCUCAGACAAGCUACAAGAGUUGUUCCAGAGAAGCAGCACCCGGGAUCUCUUCCAGGUCAUGACUCCUCUCUUCCAGAGUGAGCCAUCCUUCAAGCAGGUAAUGGCUGCUGCUUCCAGCCUCAUUUGCGGCUACACUGGUGGCGGUUUCUCCAGAGUGGCUUCCUUUAACUGGUAUGAGGACAACAACUACAAAGCUUUUCUUGGCAUAAGCACUGGCAGAAGAAAGAGCCAGCACACCUAUGACAACAGCACUACUCCUUUCUGCAACGAUUUGAUGAGCGAACUGGAAUCCAACCCUGCCACUAGGAUCGUGUGGAACUCCCUUAAGCCCAUGUUAAUGGGAAAGAUCUUAUACGCGCCUGACUCACCUGCUGUCAGAAUGAUCAUAAGAAAUGCCAACAGUACAUUUGAAGAGUUGGAAAGGCUAAAAACAAUGGGCAAGGCAUGGGAGGAAAUGGCGCCACAGAUCUGGGCCUUUUUCCAAGAUGGCGUGCAAGUCAAAAUGAUACGGGAUACCUUCCGAAAUCCAUCAGUAAUGGAUUUCAUUGACCGUAGUCUUGGGGAAGCUCUGUUCUCCACCAAGCACAUUCUCAACUUCUUGCACAAUGGUCCGCCAGAGGAGCGCCUUGAAAGUAUGCCUGAUUUUGAUUGGCGUGAUGUUUUCAACCUUACUGACCGUGUCAUUCAGAUGCUCAAUCAAUAUGGAGAUUGUAUAAUCCUGGAUAAAUUUGUGGCUUUGCCUAAUGAGGACACUGUAACUUAUCGGGCCUUGGACUUACUGGAGGACAGCAAAUUUUGGGCGGGUCUCAUCUUUGUUAACAUGCACCCUUGGACUACCAAAGUCCCACCUCAUGUGAAGUUCAAGAUUCGCAUGGAUAUUGAUUCUGUGGAGCGUACCAAUAAAGUCAAAGACAGGUAUUGGGAUCCGGGCCCAAGGGCGGAUCCUAUGGAUGACCUGCGCUAUAUUUGGGGAGGUUUCGCUUAUCUUCAGGACAUAAUAGAACACGGGAUAAUUCGGACACAGACUGGGAAAGAGUGGCCUUUGGGUGUUUACCUGCAACAGAUGCCCUACCCUUGUUAUGUGGAUGAUCUCUUCAUGCUCACACUGAGCCGCUGCUUUCCCAUCUUCAUGGUGCUGGCCUGGGUCUAUUCUGUGUCCAUGACAGUCAAAAGUAUAGUUCUUGAAAAGGAACUCCGUCUUAAGGAGACUCUCAAAGUGAUGGGAGUUUCAAACGGUGUCAUCUGGUCCACUUGGUUUAUUGACAGCUUUCUAAUGAUGGGUACUAGUACUGCUCUCCUUACAGUCAUCAUCAUGGGAGGAAGAGUACUAAACUACAGCAACCCCCUCAUCCUCUUCUUCUUUCUGCUCACCUUCACCACAGCCACUAUCAUGCAAUGCUUCCUCCUCAGUGUCUUCUUUAACCAGGCCAACCUGGCAGCAGCCUGCUGCGGUAUCAUUUAUUUUGCCCUCUAUCUUCCACACCUCUUCUGCUUUGCUUGGCAAGAUCGCAUCACCAAAGACAUGAAGAUCCUGGUGAGUCUUUUGUCCCAAGUUGCCUUUGGUUUUGGGACUGAAUACCUAUCCCGUUAUGAGGAGCAAGGUCAGGGUCUACAGUGGGACAAUAUCCAGACCAGUCCUCUGGAGGGAGACGAGUUCUCAUUCCUUACCUCUAUCUGCAUGAUGAGCCUGGACACUCUGCUUUAUGCUGUACUAGCCUGGUACUUGGAUAACAUCUUUCCUGGUCAGUAUGGAAUUGGUCGACCGCUUUAUUUCCCCUUCAUGCCAUGUUAUUGGCUCAACACUGUCACUCCAGCUUCAGGUAUGCAUUUCCUUACUGAUGAUAUAAACCAGAUGGACAACAGCCAGGUGUUCUUUGAGGCAGAACCUGCUGACCUGGUUAAGGGUGUUUGUAUCCAGAACCUUGUCAAAGUGUUCGGUAGUAGCUCCAGGCCUGCUGUCAAUGGCCUCACUCUCAGCUUCUACGAGAACCAAAUCACUGCCUUUCUUGGACAUAAUGGAGCUGGCAAGACUACCACUAUGUCCAUUUUGACUGGUAUGUUCCCGCCCACCUCAGGCACAGCUUCCAUUUACGGAAAAGACAUCCGCACAGAUAUGGACACCAUUCGUCUGUCUCUAGGAAUGUGCCCACAGCACAACAUUCUUUUUCACUAUAUGACGGUGGCCGAGCAUAUCCUCUUCCACUCAUUGCUCAAAGGCCGUCCAAUAGCAGAAGCCGAGGAAGAGGUUGAGAAUAUGCUACAAGAUCUCGGUCUACCACAUAAGCGAAAUGAACUAACUCAAAAUCUUUCAGGUGGUAUGCAGAGAAAACUAUCAGUUGCAUUGGCAUUUGUUGGUGGAGCAAAGGUGGUGAUCCUGGAUGAACCCACUUCAGGGGUGGAUCCUUAUUCCAGACGCUCCAUAUGGGAUCUGUUACUCAAAUAUCGUACAGGUUGUACAGUGAUUAUGUCCACCCACCACAUGGAUGAGGCGGACCUCUUAAGUGACCGGGUCGCUAUUAUCUCUCAAGGGCGCCUCUACUGCUGCGGCUCACCAAUCUUUCUCAAAAAUUGCUUUGGCGCCGGCUUCUACCUCACUCUUGUGCGAAGAAUGAAAUACAGCAAUGCAAAGCUGGCUGAAACUAAAGCUGAUGGUGACGUCUGUACAGAAAUCUCCUCCUGUAAGUGCUCCAAGUGUUUGAAGUUUAAAGCCAACCAAGAGGAGGGGCAGACUUCAGACAGACAAAUGGAUGGAAACAUCGAGCGCAUCACAGCCUUGGUGCAUCAUCAUGUGCCGCAGGCUCGUCUAAUUGAGGCCAUUGGCCAGGAGAUGACUUACCUGCUUCCUAGUCAUGACUUCCAACCUAGGGCGUACGCCAGCCUCUUUAGGGAAUUGGAGGAAACCCUGGAGGACAUCGGCCUUAGUAGCUUUGGCGUGUCUGACACGUCAUUGGAAGAGAUUUUCUUAAAAGUGACUGCUGAUGGAUAUGCAAGCAACAAGAAAUGCAUUCAAGAGGAUAAAUCAUUGCAGCAAAUUUCUCGAGCUAGUCUCUGUGGAUUCAACAGAGUCGCAAUUGCUAUGGAGCUACCUGAAGCCUCAGGCGAGCCUUCGGUCACCAGCCCAUGCGAUGGUCAAGAAGGUAAUGCAGGACGAGGGUCUUAUCAGGUCAGAGGUCUGUGUCUGGCUGUCAAACAGUUCUUUGCAUUGUUAAUCAAGAGGUUGCACCACACCACCCGCUCUUGCAAAGACUUCUUUGCUCAGAUUAUUUUACCAGCCAGCUUUGUUUUCCUGGCCCUUACAUUCACACUCAUCGUUCCACCAUUUGGGGAAUAUCCGAGUGUAACUCUAAGUCCUUGGAUGUAUGGCCGACAGUACACCUUCUUCAGUAAUGAACGUCCUUUGGAUGCCCAAAUGAGACAUUUUGGUGAAGUGUUGCUGGACAGGCCAGGCUUUGGGACACGCUGCAUGGCGGAUGAACCACUGGAAGAUUUCCCAUGCAACAACAUUACCACUGAGUGGGAGAGGCUCCUGGUUAACCCCUCGGUGGUUGAGCUCCUGUCUGGCCCUGGCUGGAACUCCAUCAGACCAUCACCAGACUGUCAGUGCAGCACAGACAGAAAGCUCACCAUGCUGCCCACAUGCCCCGAAGGGGCUGGAGGUCUUCCACCUCUACAGAGAAUUCAGUCAACAGGAGAUGUUCUCAUGGAUCUGACGGGUAGGAACAUCUCAGACUACCUGGUGAAAACGUACCCCAGUCUCAUCAGAACUAGCUUGAAGAGCAAAUAUUGGGUGAAUGAACAAAGGUAUGGAGGAAUAUCAGUCGGAGGUCAGCUUCCCGUUCUAGAGCUGCAACCAAAGUUCAUCCAGGACUCUGCAGCCCAAUUGGGACAAAUGUUUAAUGUUACUGGGGGUGACCACAGUAAACAAACACUGCGGGAAAUAGGAACAUUCCUCAGGUACAUGGAGACGCAAAACAACGUCAAGGUAUGGUAUAACAACAAGGGCUGGCAUGCCAUGGUGUCUUUCAUGAACGUGGCCAACAAUGCCAUCCUUCGUGCAAACCUCCCAAAAGGAACUAAACUGGAUCAAUAUGGAAUCACAGCCAUCAAUCAUCCACUGAACCUCACCAAAGAGCAAUUGUCUGAAAUCACUGUUUUGAACACAUCUGUGGAUGCGGUAGUAGCCAUCUGCGUCAUCUUCGCCAUGUCUUUUGUUCCAGCUAGCUUUGUCCUCUAUCUCAUUCAGGAAAGAGUCACUCAGGCUAAACAUCUACAGUUCGUCAGUGGUGUCAGCCCUCUGAUCUAUUGGAUGGCCAACUUUUUCUGGGACAUGGUGAAUUACACUAUCAGUGCGCUGAUGGUGGUGCAGAUUUUCAUCUUUUUUGAUAAGAAGUGCUACACCUCAAAAGCCAAUCUGCAGCCACUUAUCGCACUACUUAUGCUUUAUGGAUGGUCCGUCACCCCGAUGAUGUACCCAAUGUCCUACAUGUUCAGUGUCCCCAGCACAGCUUAUGUGUCUUUGUCAAGUAUCAACCUCUUUAUAGGCAUCAACAGCAGUGCCAUCACUUUCAUCCUGGAUCUUUUUGAAGGUACCACGGCUUUGUACAAGUUCAAUCAGCUGCUGAAGACGGUGCUGCUCAUCUUUCCUCAUUACUGCCUGGGUAGAGGCCUCAUAGAUAUGGCAAUCAACCAGGCUGUGACUGAUGUCUUCACUCGCUUUGGUGAGGAUCAUAGCCCAGAUCCCUACAACUGGGACUUUAUUGGAAAGAAUCUAUUCUGCAUGGCAGUUGAAGGAUUCAUUUACUUCACCUUAAAUAUUUUCUGUCAGUAUCGCUUCUUCCUGGAUCAUUGGAUACCAGAUGGGCCAAAACCCUCUAUUCUAGAUGAAGACUUGGAUGUGGCCGAAGAAAGAGAGAGAAUCUAUAGAAGCGGGAAAACAAAUGACAUUUUACAUGUUUGUAAUCUCUCUAAGAUAUACACAGGAACUGUUACUCCCGCAGUGGAUCAAAUCUGUAUUGGUGUAUCACCGGGGGAGUGUUUUGGUCUCCUGGGAGUAAAUGGUGCUGGGAAGACCACAACUUUCAAGAUGUUAACUGGAGACAUCGAUGUUACCACAGGAGAUGCCUCAGUUGCAGGUCACAGCAUUUUGACCAACAUCCUGGACGUCCACCAGAACAUGGGCUACUGCCCACAGUUUGACGCCAUUGAUGAACUCCUCACAGGAAGAGAACACCUUCACCUCUAUGCUCGCCUCCGUGGGGUACCAGAGGCUGAAAUCAGCAGGAUUGCUGAAUGGGCCAUUCAAAAGCUUGGUCUGUCAGAGUAUGCGGGUCAAAGUGCUGGCACCUACAGUGGAGGGAACCGCAGGAAACUGUCCACAGCUAUUGCUAUGAUUGGCUGCCCUGCUCUUGUCUUGCUGGAUGAACCCACAACAGGCAUGGACCCACUCUCCAGACGCUUCCUUUGGAGCUCCAUCGUGAGCGUGAUCCGGGACAGACGAGCUGUCGUUCUCACAUCGCACAGCAUGGAGGAAUGUGAGGCAUUGUGCACACGUUUGGCCAUCAUGGUUAAUGGAUCUUUUAAAUGCCUCGGAACCAUUCAGCAACUCAAAUACAAAUUCGGCGAUGGUUACGUAGUGACCAUGAAGAUAAGGGCCUCCAAGUCAGGCGGCACACCUGAUUUGAACCCGGCGGAAGCCUUCAUGGAAAACACUUUCCCUGGCUGCAUCCAGAGAGAAAAACAUUACAACACCCUGCAGUACAAGAUUGCCUCCUCCUCCCUGGCAAGAAUCUUUCAGAUGGUCCUUGCUAACAAAGACAAGCUCAACAUCGAGGACUAUUCAGUUUCUCAGACAACACUUGAUCAGGUGUUUGUAAAUUUUGCCAAGCAACAGUCGAGAGAGGAUGAUGCCAUUGUUUUGCAUCCAAAAGCUGCGGGGGCCCAACAAGGUGAUCAUGGCAGCCCUGUUAGGAGACUGAAGAGAUAA